AUGUCUCGCUUCUAUGCACGCUACGUACCCUCCACGACAAGGGCUGACGCCAUCCCAGACACUCUUGAGAAACGUGUUUCCAACCGAGACAAGCGCAAGCGAGACCAAGAUUCAACGACUCGGGAGAAGAGAAGCAAAAAGCUGAAGACAUCAAGCACAACAGAUCUAGCCCUUGAAACGCCCCUUUUCUCGACUUCAGAGAAAACUACAUUGAUCGCCGAAGACUUUUCAACUACAAUCGGGAAGAGAGUCUUGGACAAAUAUCGCGUUACGGAGGCUGCAAGAUCCGAGGACGCCUCAGUUAGUUUUCAACCCAAAAUACCGAAAGAGCCCCGUCACGACGAUCACGACUUGGAAAAUGGGAAUCGUCAGACACAUGAUAGUGUGAGAAAGAAGGAGAAGAAGAAGGCCAAGCGUGGGAAUGCAAUUGAACAGGAGGAUGAAAAGGCAGAUGAUGCACAUGCUCAAAAGCACACCGCGCUGCUCUCAAAAUAUGAAAGAUCGAGACAACAAGAUCAAAAAGAAACAAAGAUCGACACAGCAUCAGAAGAACCGCCUGCAGAACUCCAUGGUCUUGAACCACUACCUCAACCAAAGCAGAUAGAUAUUGUUUCAGAGAAGCCAACCUACUCUAUCCUACCACCUUGGCAAGAGGACCCAUUACUAGUUCCUUUGAAUUCCUCCUCAACCUUUGCAUCACUCGGGAUCAAAGAGCCCUUGUUGGACAAUUUGAAAAGACAAGGACUACGGCAGGCAUUACCGAUACAAGCAUCUGUGUUACCAUUGCUGCUCAAUGGUCCUGAUCAGCACCCAGGCGACCUCUGCGUAUCGGCUGCCACCGGCUCCGGCAAAACUAUCUCGUAUGUUUUACCCAUCGUGGCCGAUUUGAAGGAUCUCCCAGGUACAAAGCUUAGGGCUGUCAUUGUGGUCCCAACGCGAGAGCUCGUGAAGCAGGUACGUGAACUGUGUGAGGCUUGUGCAGCAGGAACUUCUCUUAAAUUCGCCACUGCCGUGGGGAGCAAAUCUCUCACCGAAGAGCAAGGGUUGCUUGUCAGAGGAGAAAAGAUUUUCGAUCCAGAGGAGUACGAGCGAUGGCAACAGAGCCCUAUCCAGUGGUCCAACUUCUCGUUAGCAAGGUUGGCCCAAAAUGCAAGAGAUGCGGACCCGAUGGAGUCUGUGGGCUAUGUCACACACUAUAGAUCUAAAGUGGACAUACUGAUUACGACGCCCGGUCGGUUGGUCGAUCAUCUCAAGUCCACCUUGGGUUUCACCCUUGACAAUGUGAAAUGGCUUGUUGUGGACGAAGCAGACAGAUUGCUGAAUGAAAGCUACCAGGAAUGGAUUGCCGUCGUCAAACCCGCCUUAGAGUCACGGACGGCAACCCAGAAGAGUGAUGGAAUCCUCCGCCACAUGAGGAUGACACUCGCGAGACGAAAUGUGAGCAAAGUCUUGCUUUCCGCAACCAUGACCCGCGACUUGUCUAAGCUCAAUGCUCUGGGACUAUAUAACCCAAAGCUGGUUGUGCUAGCUGGCACUCAAGAAAAGACAACUGUAUCUGGAGGCAAUGCAGCACCCGAACUGCUGAAAGAAGAGGUGGGACAAAAAGACGAUGAAAUUGUCUAUCUACCUGUUAGCCUCAAAGAAACCGUCAUACCUGUCACUGACGGCGCCGAAAAGCCGUUGUAUCUCCUGGAACUACUUCAAAACCAUAUCACACUCUCUUCAAAGCUGUUGAACCCGGAUGACACUGCUCGGCGUUCGUCGCUAGAUUCAGAGGCCGAAGCCGACUCCAUUUCAUCCUCAGAUUCCGAUUCCGAAGAUCUGACAUCUUCGGGAGAUGACUCGACUACAGACACAGCAUCCGACUCAGGUGAAAGUGAGGCGACUCCAAGUCUCAGGAUGGAAAAGGUUGCGGAGAGUCAACAGAGGACUAGAGUGCCCCGAGCUUUAAUUUUCACCCGCUCUACCGCUUCAGCGACGAGACUGUCUCGGUUACUGAGUAUCGUCAAUCCUCCUUUGGCUUCGCGAAUCUCGACCCUGACACGGAGCACUACAUCGUCUGCCUCGUCACGUCGUGCCUUAUCUUCCUUCCGCAAGUCGAAGGUAUCAAUCUUGAUUGCCACAGACCGUGCUUCUCGUGGUCUGGACGUGCCUGGCCUUGAGCAUGUCAUAUCAUACGACGUUCCAAACAGUGCUUUGACAUACGUGCAUCGCGUCGGUCGAACUGCUCGGGCCGGCAGAGUUGGUCAUGCAUGGACAUUCGUUGAACAUAGGGAGGGAGCUUGGUUUUGGCGUGAAAUCGGAGGCAAAACCAAACACACAAUGCCAGGAACAGGCGUCGACCGAAUCUCGAUCAGUAGGCAGACCAAGAUUUCCAAGCUCGGUUUGAAUCUUGAGGGAGAAGGCCUCAAACAGAGAUACGAGGCGGCUCUCCAGCAACUAGAGAAAGAAGUCCUGGGCAAGUAA